AUGACGACCGAACCCAACAACCCGACUAGCAACCCAGCUCCAACAGGCAGCCACCCGCCCCCCUACGAAGCCCCGUCCAGCAUCCUCAUCAUCGGCUCGGGCGCCUUCGGCCUCAGCACGGCCUGGACGCUGACCCAGCGGCCCGAGUUCUCGCAGACGCGCCUCACGAUCCUCGACCGCUCGCCGGAGCCGGGCGUUUUCCCCGCGCGUGACGCCGCGUCCAUCGACAGCAGCCGCAUCAUCCGCGCCGACUACGCCGACCCGGCCUACGCGUCCCUCGCCUCGCGCGCCUCGGAGCACUGGCGCCGCAAAACUACAAAUCCGGCCGACGACCUGGGCCGCGAGGGGCGCUACUCCGAGUCCGGGCUGCUGCUGGCCGCGGACGCGGGCAAUGGGGAUACCGUGCGCGUUCUCGGCGGUGCGGAAAAGACCCAGGACGGGAACACAGACGGCAAGAACAAGGAUGGCGUUGCGGCCCCGAGGACUGUACCCACGGCCCUGGGCUACGCAAAAAGGAGCUGGGUUAACGCGCUAGCUCUAGCACAGCGCGAGGGCCGCCCCUUGGAUUCCAUCAGGAUGCUCCCGUCGCCUCGGGCCAUCGGACACAUAAGUGGCACGGGCGGCGAGUUUGCAGACUGGGGGUACCUGAACGAGGGGAGCGGGUGGGCGGACGCGGAGCGGUGCAUGGACUGGCUAUACAGACGCGUGCUCGCGACGAACCGCGUCGAGUUCGUCAACGGCACGGCAGAGCGCCUGGAAACCGCGUCAGACGGGCGGGUGACAGGAGCCACAAUGAAGCCAUCAGCAGAAGAUGGGGAGAGCAGCAGGCUGUCCGCGGACCUCGUGAUAGUAGCGGCAGGCGCCUGGACGCCCUCGCUCCUCGACCUGCAAUCGCAGGCCGUGGCAACGGGGCAGGUGCUGGCCUACAUGCACAUCACGGAAGAAGAGCAGGCCAAACUCGAGAAGAUCCCCGUGCUGCUCAACAUGUCGACGGGCCACUUCAUCAUCCCGCCGUGCGACGGCGUCCUCAAGGUCGCGCGUCACGGCUACGGCUACCUGAACCCAAAGACCGUCACCUCGAAGCCGCUGGGUCCCCACCCCAGCUCUAACACCAAGUCCGAACCCACUACCACCAACACCUCCAAGACCGAUACCAACACAAACUCCCGCCCCCAGACCAUCUCCCAACCCCACACCCACCUAAACGACCCCACCCUCGCCAUCCCCCCCGAGGGCGAGCAGGACCUGCGCCGCGCCCUGCGCCGCCUGGUCCCCUGGCCCGCGCUGCACGACCGGCCCUUCUUCCGGACCCGGCUUUGCUGGUAUACCGACACGUCCACAGGCGAUUGGAUCGUCGACUACGUGCCCGGGCGGCAGGGGUCGAUCUUCAUCGCUACUGGUGGUAGCGGCCACGCAUUCAAGUUCCUGCCCGUGCUGGGGGACAGCGUGGUCGACUGCAUCGUGGGCCGGCGCCCGCCCGAGUUUGCGGACAAGUGGGCUUGGAGGGGUGGUGGUGGUGCGCUCAGCCGCAGUGAUGGGAAUGCUGCGGAGGAAGAUGUCGAGGAGUCCAUUGCUACGGAGGAUGGGAGCAGAGGAGGCAGGACCGGGCUGAUAUUACAAGAGGAAUUAGAUCGGGCGAGUCAUGAUUGA